CAGGAGUCUUGACUGCAGGUAGUGCAGAUGAAGUGUGGAGGGUACAGCGUACUUCAGGAGCAGAGGAACCAUCGAAAGGUGUCCAGUUCUCUCUUCUCUCCCUCUCUGACUCCUGGAUCCGUGUCAGAUGUCCGGCCUUGAGGACCUUAGAGCUUUGUUCAGACGGAGGCUGCUUGCUGCGAUGCUCAGAGACCUUUCAUCACAGAGUAACGACUGUGAAUGCAUGGAGGAGCCCAACCGACAAAGAGGACUGCUGAAAGUGAUUCUAACUCCUGAGAUAAAGCUGCACAGAGCAGACACAGAGCAACUGAUGAUGAGAAAGCAGAAGAGUCUCCCUGAGCAGCAGGAGAGGAGCUCCAGUCUGGACCAGGAGGAGCCACCAGAACCAGCAGGCAUAGAAGAGGUUCAGGAGGACCGGUGUGGCAGCCUGGAGAGAGAGCUGAAUCAAGAAGAAGAUGAUAUCAACAAAAUGACAAUCAUUCAUGAUAAACCUCAUGAAAGUUUAAACCCUCUGCAAAGUGAAAAUACAUCAGUGAACUCCUCUGAAUGUGCUCCAAGCUUGGGACGAAGAGUUUCCCAACAAUCAGAUUUGAAACAACACUCAUCUGUCCACUCAGGAGAGAAACCAUUUAGCUGUCUUGACUGUGGUAAAAGAUUUUCCUACCAAUCAGAUUUGAAACGACACUCAUCUGUCCACACUGGGGUGAAACCAUUUGGUUGUUUGGUUUGUGGAAAAACAUUUACCAGAAAAAGCAGCGUGAGGAGACACUCUGCGGUCCACUCAGGAGGGAAAUCUGUUAAAUGAUAGUGUUUGUAGUUAAAACUACUUCCAACUGUCUCCUAUCAAAAAAUGUGUGUGGUGGCAGGAAAUAAAUAAAACCUAUGGAAAUGUACCUGCUUUAAUGUACAGUGUGGUGAUUAUCCUAUUUUUUUUUCUUAAAUUUUAUUUACCUGUUUACUGUCACAGUUUCUUGUAGCAACCUGACCUAUGACCUCCAUGGCAGGAUGUUUUAUUUUCUUUUAAUUGUCUACUUGUGUUGAACCCACACGUGUUGGCUGACCCAGUUUUUUCUGGACUGAACAAAGGCACAUUUUGUUGAUUUUGGGGGGAUUGUGUUACCAGUGUUGUCUGAAGAAGAACACCUUAGUUUUACUUAUUUUCCAUUACAAAUUGCACAGUGUGUUCCUGUGUUGUUUGCUUUUCUACAAACUUUGAAGGUACGUCUGGUUUGAUUUGAAUAAAAGAGUUAUCUAUGUGCUGCUAGAGAAAAAAACUGAAGAAAAAUGUUCAGAUUUAAGCUAGUGGUUAACUGGCAUCUGUAAAAACCUACAGAACCACCACAAUGGGACGUGUUCAGAGUUGGUACGACUAUCUGUAUUGUUCCUAUAUUUUAUUCGGUCCAUUGAUUCUGUUGCUUCUGUUCUGUUUUUGACCUUUCUUAAAUUAAUUUCUAGUCUUAGCCUAUCCCUGCUGACAUAACAUCACUCUUUAAUAGCAGACACUUAUAAAGUUUGUAUCUGUGCUAGUAUUGCGGCACUUGUUAUCUGGCUAAAGAUAAAGAAGCAGUGACGUCAGCGCCCUGUCUAACCUUAACCUCUUGGUGUUGAGAAGUGUGUGACGCUACGAUUGGGGUCUGAUGUUCACAUUGCCUUUUUGUGCCACUUUUUGACACAUUUUCACACUAUUUGCCAUUUUCUGACAUUUUAUUUACCAUGAUUUACCAUUUUUGGACACCUGUUACUCAUUUUGCCACUUGU